UGCGUGUGUCCCAACGUAAUAAGCGAUCAGCUGUGCUAAGCGAAUCCACCAGAAAAAUGAUCGUGACCACUGCGGAUUUUGGAUUGUACAAAGACUGCAAACUUCAACGAAAUGUGUUAAAGUUUCGGUGGUACUCCGCAAUUUGUGGAAUGUCGUUCGUGUUAAUUAUGUUCGCGGUAACCAUCGGCGCCGUUGCAACUGCCAGAAAUCGAAGGAUUCCAAAAGAAACGGAUACUGCCAAUCUUAAUCGAACGGCAGAACAACUCGUCGCCUCACAGCCGAAGAGAUUUGAACGCCACAACGAUCCACGCCCCUUUAGAAUUACUUUCGGAAGUACAAAAUCUGAAGCGUUUUAUCCCCGACAUCGUCAGCGCGAGUCUUACCCUAGAAAUAUUCAGGAUAUCAUAAGACAUUCGCCUAGAAAUCGAGAAAUAGGAACAAAAUCUCAAUACGGUGAGAUGAGUUCCGAAGUUCGGAUCGGAGAUCAUUUUCGACAAUUCGUGCCCCAAAAUCCGGCUGAAAUAAACUUGAUGGCGACCGCCUGCUGGCAAUUCUACAAUCCCACGCGGAAAGAUUUCCGAAGACCCGAAAGAUUUGCGCGGGAGGAAAGAUCAUUCACGGUCACCAUGAACGUCUUUGGAAUGGACAGCUCCGCUUUGCGAUUGUUCAAAAAAGACCAGAAUCUCGUUUUGAAUUUAAAUGUCGCUCCGCUGAAAGCUCACCCGUACUCUUGAAAACCAAUGCGGAAAUUGUAAUAUGGUUUUUUGUCGCCAAAUAUAGU